GAUCUUAAGUAAAUUCUCGUCUACCAUUAUUUUUUGGUUAUUUCAAAUGUUGAACGAUCGAUAAUAUAUAUAGUUGCUUAAAUUAACAGCUAUGUAUAUGGGAAACUAAAGAAGUGUUUGGUUUUGAAAGCGUAAACAUGGCGGAAGGAGGACAUUUGUCACAAAGUGUGCUCGGGGCCUCUGAGGAAAUAUAUGAUUACAACUGUUCGCCGUGCGAAGAAUCUGGAGUUUAUAAGGAAGCACAUAAAUACUGUGAUAGUUGUAAGUUGUAUUAUUGUAAGAAAUGUCUCGGCGAUCACAGAAAAUUUCCGGCUUUAAGAGGACACCUGAUAAAAGAUGUGACCUGUCAGCCGAAACCUGCCAUUCAAACUAGGGCAACUGGCGCAUCAACACAACCAACUGAGCCGUGUGACAACCAUCCCGAAGAAGUGAUAAAGAUGUAUUGUGGUAAACACGAUGUUGUCUGCUGCACUGUGUGUAUAGCACUCGAUCACAGAGAGUGCAAAGACGUUCACUACAUUCUAAAGCUGGCUAAAGAUAUCAGAACAAGUCAAGUAUACAUCGACUAUGUGGAGGAGGUGAAAAGAAUCAAAAUCAUGUAUAAAGAAACUAAACAGUCCAUCCAAGAUGAAUUACAAACAAUAAGCAAUGUUAAGACUGAAGUUAUCAAUGAAAUAAAAGAGUACAAGCAAGAAUUAGUUUCAAAAAUAGAAGAACUCGAGAGUAGGUCGCUUGAGAGAGUGAAUGAAAGGUAUAAGCAAAUCACAGAAAGAAUGAAUGUAACUUCAAGUCAUGUUGAUGAAUUAUUAGACAAGGUAACAAGACUUGUGCGAGAGAUCGAUAAUACUAGUGAGGCACAGCUGUUUGUUCAAAUGAAACAAAUGAGACAAAUGAAAAACGAAAACGAUAUGAUUGACAAAGAAGUUAAAACGUUUGAAGGACUGAGUUUUUCAUUAGACGACAGUAUUAGAAAUGCUCUCACUAAUUUCGACGGACUUGCUAUCGCAAACGUACCUCUAAAAAUUCUUUCGAAGAAAGAGUUUGAUAUUAUAUUCUUUGAUGACUUAAAGAACAAGUACGAUGUACGUGAUAUAUGUAUCUUGGAUGAUGACACCUUGGUUAUGACAUGUGACGACAAACUGAAACGAUUUACAAGGUCAUUGAAUAAACUGGCUAACAUGUCGGUCCCAGGGGAACUGUGUGGUAUAUGCAAAACUUCAAAGUCAAAAGAAUUAGCUGUUACAAUAAGAGACAGGCAAACAAUAGGGUUUGUUCAGUACACUGAAAGAAAAAUGUCCAUGACAAAAUCGUUCAAAGUAGGUGUUUCAUGCAAAGGUAUUUGCUGUAGAGGUGACUACCUGUUCGUCACUUGUGGCGGAGGCGACGGUGACAAUGUACUAGGUCAUUUAAGAAAGUAUGAUAUGAAAGGUAACCUUAUAUGCACAAUUGACACUGACAAUACCGGCCGACGAAUUUUCACUUCUCCCCGUCUUAUGACUCUCGAUUCCAGCACAAAUAACAUAUAUACAGCAGACAGAGACAACGGAAUAAUUGUUCUUGACAGAAAUGGAAAGAUUAAAAGCCACUUGUAUGAUUCUUUUCUGAAGUAUGGAUUUGGUAUUUGUCUUACAACUAGGAAUAAUAGUCUUGUGUCUGGCGUUCUUUCCUAUAUACAUCAAUAUGAUGAAAAAUUCAGGAAUGUAGGAACAAUCUUGAGCCUUACGGAUAAAAUGCAUUAUCCUUUAGGCAUACUAAUUGAUGAAUCAAAGAAACAGUUAAUUGUUGGCAUGCAAAAUAACAAUAAAAUACACGUUUUUGAAGUUGAAUGUUAAACGAGACUGUAUAUAUUUAAAGAAAUAGGCGAUAUGCAGAUAUUUGUGUCUUUGUGUACGUUUUCGAUAGGAUGCUGUCAGAAACAUGUGCAUUCAUAUGCAAUUUCAUGUAUAUAUAUAACAUUAGUCAUUUUUGUGAUUUUUGUGCAAUUACUUCUAUAUUUUUAAACGUCUGAUAUAGAUAAAUCCUGUUUUGACAAGUUUGGACGUGUAAUGCAAUGUAGUAAAUUUGUAAUUAGGCGUUGUUAUUCGACCAUUGACAAAUUCUUUCAUAUGAUAUACAUCAAUAUGAGGAUAAUUUCAUGAAUGUAGGAACAAUCUUGAAACUUACGGGUAAAAUGCAUUAUCCUGGAGGCAUACUAUUUGAUGAGUCAAAGAAACGGUUAAUUGUUGGCUUGGAAAAUCACAAUAAAGUAUACGAGUACCGUUAUGACACUACAUGUUAGAAAUGUAGCUAAAAUUCGGCCAAGAGUUGUUUCAUUGGCAUGUGUCUUCGUAAAAUGUCCUCGUUGAAAGAUCCUGUUUUGCCGCGUUCCCGUUUCGUUCCUAUGCAAAAUCAAUGUUACUGACAAAGUAGUUUACAUUGGCCAUUCAAUACCGGAGAGUUCAUGUAAAAAUGACUUUCGUCAUCUGUUGCGGCGGCGACAAUUAUAACGUCCAAUGUCA